AUGGCACAUGUAAGAGUCCAUACAGGUGAAAAACCAUAUUCGUGUGAAUAUUGCUCGAAGGUAUUUUCUUCCAAUUCAGUUUUAAAGACGCAUAGGAGAGUCCACACUGGCGAGAAACCUUAUACAUGUGAUCAUUGUUCGAAGACAUUUUCUCGCCCUUCAACUCUUAAGAUACAUAAAAGAAUACACACUGGCGAAAGGCCAUAUUCGUGCGAACAUUGUUCGAAGGCAUUCACUCAAUCUUCACAUCUAAUGGCACACAUGAGUCUCCAUACUGGUGAAAAGCCGUAUUCGUGCAAACAGUGUUUGAAGGCAUUCACUCGAUCUUCACAUUUAAGGAAACACAUGAGAGUUCACACUGACGAAAAUCCUUUUUCAUGUGAGGUUUGUUCUAAGUCAUUUUCUAGACUUUCAGAUCUUAAGAUGCAUAAAAGAGUACACACUGGCGAAAAGCCAUAUUCGUGCCAACAUUGUUCGAAAGCAUUCACUCGAUCUUCACAUCUAUUGUCACACGUGAUUGUUCAUAUUGGUGAAAAACCGUAUUCUUGUGAAUAUUGUUCAAGGGCAUGUUCUUCGAGUUCACACUUACAGAGACAUAUGAGAGCCCAUACUGGUGAGAAACCAUAUUCAUGUGAACAUUGUUCUAAGUCAUUUACUGUAUCUGCAAAUUUAAGGCAACACAUGAGACAUCACGCCGGCAAGAAGCCCUGUUCGUGUUAAGUUUGUUCAGUGACAUUUUCUACAAGUGCACACAUAAAGACACACAUGUAAUUCACAUCUAAUGUCACACAUCCGAGUUCUUUCUGGUGAGAAACCUUAUUCGUGCGAAUAUUGUUUUAAAGCUUUCUCUCGGUCUGGGAAUCAAGAGUCCAUACUGUUGAGAAACCUUUGUGCAAACAUUGUUCUAAGGUAUUCACUGUGACUUAAAGCUUAAAGCAACACAUGUGAGUUCACGCUGAUGAGAAGCCCUAUUCGUGUGAAUAAUCAGGGGUGAUUGUGUUCCGGUAUUUUUAUGUCCAAAAAUACCGGAAUUAAUGUUUUUUUUUUUUUGUUAUGUUUUUAUCUCCCUACCUCCGCGAUUUUUAAAAAUUAUGUAACACUCAUCAAAUAUACCUGCAAGAGCCUUAAGAUGGACACCUAUCCCUUAAGAUGGACAAAUAAAUGUCAAGAUAAUUUGUAUAACACCAGCUCAAAAGUAACUUUGUAACCCAUUAAAAAUUUAAUCACAUGUACACACAAUAUUUUGACUCAGAACUAUUUAAUACUAUGGCAAAGGUGCACUUAAGUAAUAAGGGUCAAAGAUUACCGCCCCCCCCCCCGGUCUCGCUUUGAAAGUUUCAGGUAUUUUUUGAUGAACUCACAAUCACCCCUGGAAUAAUGUCCCAUAACUUUUUCUGACAAAUGAAGUAAUGAGAAAUAUAAGAAAACUCAUCACGGAGAGCCUGUUUUUGAUUUUACAAAUGUAAUUUUUCAAGAUGGCGGCCGAAAAACCCUGCAUUUUUGGGUGUGAUAUUUUUGCCUUGAAAUUUCCUUCUAUUUGAUAUGUCAUAUGAUUUUUUAAAAAUUUUCUUCAUUACUUAUCAAGAUAGUAACUAAAAGCAUCAUUCUCCACGACAGUACGGAUGAAUGUUUUUAACUGUGGUGCGUCUUCCCAAGCAAACUAAGCAAUGCUUGGACACUCUUAAAGAAAAAAAAGUCAUAACUUCAAUUUAUUUUAUGCUUACAUAGGACACGAAACUUGAAUGUGGUGUACAUAUUCUGUUCCUUGAAAUGAGUUGUAAAAACGUGCUAUUAAGACAAGACUCGCUUGGGGGCAAUCCACCAGAUGCAUUUCUCCCAUCAGAAUUAGAGGGAACCAUGAUACUUCAAUAAUUAGUUAAUUCAGUUAUUUAAUAAAGGAUGAUUCUGCAGUAUUUGUAGCCUGAUAUGCUUAAUUUUUUUUUUGUUGAUAAUUUCAAUGGUUUUAUACAUCAAAUUAAAAGUGAUUAAAUAUAGUUUAUGAAUAUAAAAAUAUUUUUGUUAAAAAAUGGAACAAAUCUAUAAAUUUCAAAAAAUAUAAAAGCAUGGAGUUCAAAAGUUGUGGACAUGACGAACAGAAAAAAAUCUUUCUUUUGCUGUCAUGACAUGUAAUUUUUCUAAUUAAACAUGUCAUAUUAAAAAAAAAAUAUUGCAUUUGUAAAAUUUAUGAAUUAAAAAACUGUAUAUUUAGCUUUUAUAGUUUAAAAUGGGGUGCAUUUUGAAGAAAAUGUCACUGUUUCAAUGAAAAAUGUUCAAGUGUUUACUGCUGUGUUGCAAUAAAUAAGUUUUUUUCUUCAGAAUUGUAUUUAUUCUGCUUAUUUGGUAUGCUAUAGAUGUGAAGAAAAAAAAUUAUAAUUUUUUAUGUUCAGUAUUCUUUUUUUUAGUUUUUAAAUUGGUCAUGUCCCCAAUGUUGCGGACAUGACAAAUCAAAAAUUUUCUUUUUUCUGGUGUUAUAACAUUUAAUAUUUCUAAUUAAACAAAAUAUAUUAAAACAAAUAUUGUAACUGUAUAAUGAAUGACUA